GGUUUCCCAUCAGAGCACAGCCCAGAGUCACAUGGUUCAGUGCUGGUUUCACCCUGGAUCCACAGAGAGGGGGGACCAGACCGACUAAGCAGGACGCAGAGAGAGAUAACAACAAGCCACUGUGACAGAAAAGAAACCGCCUGUGGAUCAUUUUCUUUGUCUUUUGGGAAUAACUUUUUGCACAUUUUUGUGACACUUUGUAGCGCUAUGAAGUGAAACUCCGCCAUAUUCAGUCCACCACGCCCGGAGCUCUGCUAAAAGGGAUAAAAAAAAAAGACUUCAUUCUUUUAAAGUUGUUGCACAAACUUAAUUUCCUCUUCACGGGAGAGAGGAACAAGGUAAUACCAACAGCCACGAGAUUAACGACUUAACUUCCUCAAAUUUACAUGAGUUAAAGCCUGUUCCCAGAGAGAGAGAGAGAGAGAGAGAGAGUUGUGUUGGCGCACUCUGAGGGCUUUUCUGGAGGGGUUAAUCCAAAUAGCCUAUAUUGACUUUAGGAUACUCGGGGCUCUAUCUGUGUUCCUGUAUAACGAGCAUUAUGUCUCUGUGUGUACCUCUGAAGGGGAAGUGUUAUCCGGCAAGAAUGACGCUGAGCUCCGUGGGGGCUUGCUGCCUCAGCCCGGAGGCCAAAGAGGCUCGCAGGAUCAACGAUGAGAUCGAGAGACAGAUCCGCCGGGACAAGAGGGACUCCCGACGGGAAUACAAGCUCCUACUGCUCGGUAAGAACCGAGAAUACAGCUUUCCAGCCUUUUCCCCAUUUUCCUCUCGUAUCGUGUCAUUUUCCUCUGCAUUCAUGCUGAAAGAGGCAGCCAAGUUCAACCAAAGAAGCAGCAUCCUCAUGUAGAAGUUUGUUUGAUAUAUUCGAAGGUAUGCAAAUUCACUUCACUUUCAAAGCACUGUUCAGAUUUUAUUUACAGUUUCAAAAUGCUUCACAGACAAAAUAAAACAUAAAGGGGGAAUAUAUCUGCCAAAACUGUCAAAAUUAGGCAGAUAUGUGUAUUUAACAUGAACCAUGCAUAGGCUGCACAUCACAUUAAGUGUAAAACAUGGAGGUUUGAGCAUGAGGUGACUUAAAGUGUGAAAGGUACCAGUAACAAUUCAUGAGAAAUGGCCUCAAUAUCAUUAUGUAUACUGAAUUAUUUAAUUCUGACUCUUCUUUACUUAUAUAUCAAUGUGUUGAGAUCAUUCUUGGGGUAUUUAGUGGGCUGCAGGGUCAAAGAAAUCGAAUUUGAACUCAAGCAGUAACAAGGCAGAAUAAGAUGGUUUCAUUUAUAACAGUGAAUACAGUUAUAAUCCCACUCAGUUUAUCAAAGCAAUAAAUGCACAUUUCCUCUUCCUUAUGGUGACGAAGUAGUAACAAUAAGAGUACUGUAAGGAAGUUUUGAGAGCUCUCUACGUGCUAAAGUUCAGGUAUAUAAGCUGAUCUAAGUUGAUGGAAAAGCACACAUUUUGUACAUUCCUCCGGUAAGGGAUGGUGUGAUUGUGGUUUUUACCAGCUCACGUAUUACAGUGAAUGUAGUAAGAGGUCCUGAUACAUGAUGAAACAGAGUGAUAAUAAUCAUGACAUAAGGGGUCAUACAUUCAAAAGCCUGAUAAUGUAAUCUUGUGAUCAAUAAUCAUGUUAUGAAUAAUGAUAACCAGGAAUAUGAGCUUUCCAUCUGUUCGUUUUAUUUCCUGUCAUAUUGUAGAUAUGUCAUCUUUUGUUUACAUUUGAUCUAUUCAGGUUAACAUUCUAGCUCCUCCCGAACUUUAAGAUCAUUUUUACAUAAAUUUCAUCAGUAUCAGUUCAUAAAAUGUAAUAUGUUAAUGAUUAAUCUACCAGAAAUCAAAGGUAAAAGAUCUGUUCAUUUCUUAUAUAACAAUUACAAAUUCAAGGGUGCAAAAGAACGUCACUUGAAAAGAGAAAGUCAAAGACCUCAUAAUCUCGCUCAUCCUUCCUCAAAGUGGCAGCGUUGAUAAGUCAAAUCCCAGACGAUUAUCAUGUUUGCUUGUGAGACUGUAGAGUUGAAAAGAUCAGUGAGGCAAGCAAGAAAGAAAAAGAGGUUUUGGUCCAUCAAAGUGAUCUUUUUGAUCAUUUCAAAUCUUUAUUUUUCUGCAGCAUGGUUAGCUAUUGUACCUCAUUAGACCUUCAGAGUGAAAUCCACCAGGGAAGUUCAGCGAGGACACCACAUGAGGUGACUCAAGAGCAUCACCAAGUGUUGUUUGCAGAUUAAAAAUGUAAUACUCAUACAAUAUUCUGUUUUUUUAAUACAUAAAAAUGAACUCAGAUCAUAUAAACUUAAAGUGGAACUGUUGACACUAAGUACAAAGGUACAUGCUGUCUGUUAUUCUUACAUUAUUUACAAGUAAGUUUCUGAGUACUAAACUGUCAAUCAUAUUUCUUUGUAAAGCUUCUGUAAGGAACUUUUGGUUUGUUGUUGAUUUUGGCCCCUCUUCGACAAAGACAUACAUCUUCUUCCUUUGCUGGUGGUAUUGUCUAGGGCCUGACCUAUGUAUGGACGAGCCAAUUAAGUCAGCCAAAACUCGCUGAUAUUUUUAGAAAUAAAAUGCAGAGAAUAAGAUUCAGUUUGACUUCAAAAAUGUUUCGCCAUUUGAAAAGUUCCCCAACUUAUCCUGUAGAUGGCGCAGUGACCUCAUGACAAUCUUGAUCCACUAGCCACCUCACUGCACAGCAGAGUGACAGAUCUGAAGCAGGCAGCUCAGGGACGCACGGAGAAGAGUGGUCCACCUCAACCGUAAAUAAACCAGUUUGUGAAAUACACAAUAAAUCAACAAGUUUCAGUUCAACCCACUUCACGAUGUUCUCCACUGUGCUGGUCUCAGUCAUGCCGAGUUAACAGUGAAGCACCAUGUAAUACGUAAGCUAAAGUUAGAGUUAGCCAUCUGCUAUGAGCCUUUCUACACUGUUAGCCGUGCCAGUAACGGUAGAAUAAACAACAGUACACAUUACAUGAUCGAGCUACUUCUCUUACUGAGGCAGCUGCAUGUCUCCAGAUGAGACCGGACUGGAAAUGAGUAACAUGAGUUAAGACGCGGAGGCACAGAACAGCGGAGGGAAUACUUUUCUGGUCUGAGUUUGAUUCAUGAUAAAGACGUGGAAUAUUACUGAGAUGAUCAGUCGGUCUUCCUGUCAGCGCAGUAGCCUACAGUAUAUCGAGUGUUCCUCAUUUUUUAUGAUGUAUGUGAGUUAGCUUUAUUUUUAUUUCUUUAUAUAGCUUAACUGUUUGCACUUAAGACAAAAUACCUCAUUGUUUUUCAUUUUGUUUAACAAAAUCGGCCAAUAAUCGGUAAUCGGACCCCCCCCCCUUAUAUUGGUGGUGGUGGUGGUGGUGGUGGGGGGGGGUUAUUGGCGUUGUUAUUGGCAUUGGCCCCAAAACGUCCAUUUCGGUCGGGCUCUAAUAUUGUUGUGCACUUUUAGAGGUCAAAUUUUCUGCUAAAAAUCAUCUUUGUGUCUAGAAAUGUGAGGAAAGGCAGUUUCUUUAGUGUGCUGACACUUUAGUGUGGAUGGUCUACUAAGUGCGCCAAAGCUCUUCAAAAUAACUUAAUAAAUAGAUAAAAAGACAUUAAAUCCCUUUACUUGUUCAACCAUAAAAAACACAUAUGUCUUUGUGGUUGUUUGUGGGCAGUAAAUGUGAGCUUUAAAAGGCCGCAGUCCCUUUUAACAGUGUGACCUAAAGAUCAAAACCUAUUUAAUUAGCCAUGCCAACUUGGGUGGUUUCAUUUUUUUGCGAUCACAGAGGAUGUAUCAUCAGUACUGUGAAUAAGUUUAAGGUCCAAACACAGUCCUGUUGUUUGUGGUUUCUGUUCUCUGUAAAAUGAUUGACUCAUGCUGAAUAAGUAACCGCCCUUUCAGGUUCAAAAGUCAGGUGUGUAGCUUCAGUGCUCCAAAACAUGGCAGAAAUAUUCCAAAAUAAAUAAAGUAUCGCUUUUGUUAAUUUACUUCAGCUGCUAAAAACAUUCAACAUCAAAGGGAGAAACUGACUUUCUUUUCUCUCCACUUUACUUCUGCAAAUCUCUCUAACUGUCGGCAGUGAAAGCUUUUAUUUCAAGCUGCUGAGCUACACGGGGAAGUGCUGCAACUUCUUGUAGUUUAACUUAUUCAAAGCUACAGGCAGCCACUGGCGAGAUGACAAAACUGUGUUUGUCAGAAUUUACAAACUGUCUUCUCAAAGAAUAAACGCUGAACCUAAAGGGCCCAAGAGGGGACGAAUCCCAGACACUUGUAAUAAAAGGUGUUUCCAAGAUUGCAUAAGAGAGGAACAUGAAAACACAGCACACACGCACACACUGCUGACAACACUUCUUGCUUUUGCUUUUGAUAGUAGAGAGCACAGAUAGAGUUCAAACACAAGGCUUGUAACCCUAGAAAGAUCUUAGAUUAAACAGCAUGACUAACAGUAACACCUGUUUUUGAAACAGCUUAUGAAUCUGUGCUAUGUCCCUCUGUUAGUGUCCACUGUUACUGGUAGUGUAUACCACAAGUGGAAUCGAACAUCAGAAAUUUAUAGUCAACUUGUAUCAGGACAUAUGAUAAUUUUAAUGUAUUGCUAUUGCUAAAUGUGGAUAUUUGAUUUUAUAAUGGACAAGCAGUCAACAAAUUUCUUUGAUUGUACUACCGAUACAAAUCCUGAAAUCAUACUUUUGUGGGACAUUUUUAACUCUCAAUAAAAUCAUAAUUAAAUUCUAUCCCAUCAUUUCAUUUAAUGUAGUUGAUAUCAUAUUUUAUUGUAUUCUAAUGUAUUGAGUCCUAUUUUAUCUUCAUCAUUUUACUAUAUUAUAUCAUAUCCUAUCCUAUCCCAUUAUAUCAGAUUGUAUCCCAAUGUAUUGUAACAUAUUCUAUUUAUCCUACAAUGUAUUAUAUCGUAUCAUAUCCUAUUGUAUCAUACCAUAAUAUAUCUAAUUGUAUCGCAUCCAAUUGUAUCCCAUUAUAUUGUGUCGUAUUGUAUCCUAUUGUAUCAUAUCCUAUCCUUAAUACUAAAGUAUUAAUUGUAUUUGAGUCUAAUAUAUUGUAUCCUAUCACAUCCUAUUAUGUUGUACUGUAUUGCACUUUAAAAACUCUGUAUAACCUAGGUUAGGUUUACAUGAGUUAAAUUUCUGGAUUAUUUCUCAGAUCCAUACCCAUUUCUUGGGUCAUAUGGAUUCUAUUGUGACCCAAUUUGAGUGUUUUUUGAAUGGGUUGAUAAUUAUGGGUUAUUUUUCUGAGAGUAAUAAUUGGGUCAGAGCGUUGGGUUCAAUUGACUCUACGGGGUUUCUAGGCCUAAUGGCAAUUAAAGUGACCUGGUGACCUUAUGAACUUUGACCUUGAUUUAAUAUACAUAUAUAUAUAUAUAUAUAUAUAUUUAUAUAGGGGUAGCUACCCCAGUAUAUAUUGUGCGGACCCUUAGCGCUAUGGCCUACCUCAUAAACAUGAAUGUGUACCAUUAAAAGCCAAACUGGCUCAGACAGUACAAGUUGGAAAAGCAAAGCUCCCAAAAAGAGCUCCCCAAAUGCCUAUAUCAAUUUAACCCAAGAUCAUGACUCAGAUUAACUCAAAGAUUGGAUUAACUUGACUCUUAAAAAGAGUUAUUGAGUCAACCCAAAAUUUGGGUUAAUUUGUAUAACCCAACAUUCUGGUUCAAAAUAACCCAAUAAGUAGUCAGUGCCUUCUCAACCUUGGUGUUGGUUUUUAGAGUGUGUAUUUUAUAUCCUAUUAUAUCCUUUUUUAUCAUAUUGGAUCCUGUUGCAUCAUGUAUCAUUGUAUUAGACUAAAUUGUAAUCUAUUGUAUAGUAUCAUAUCCUGCAUUGUAACAUUCAUAUUAAGUUGUAUCGCAUCUUAUCUUACUGUAUCCUUUCAAAUCCUUUGGUAUCAUAUCGUAACAUUCCCUACACCCCAUGAUUCCCACCUAGAGGACUCAGUCAUGCUACAGGUGCUGUUUUGCUUUACUUAAGGGCACUUGGGCUUUAAGCUAAAUGCUCAAGUGAGCAUAUUUAAACCCAUUUGGCUAAGGUGCAGAAUAGGUGAUGUUUAUCAUCAUCUUUAAUUAGUUCUUAAUGUGGUAACAUUUGAUACUAAGCACUAAAACAGUCUAAAUUAAGUUGUUUUCUCAUUUGCUUUGCCUGUUUUGUUAAGACCAAAGUAAUGAAUGAGCUGAAAUCAAGACCAAAUAACAUGUAAUGGAAAGUCGUCACCCAAAGUUCUCGGCAGAACUUAUCGAGAAAAGAUUAAGUCUGCAAAGUUUCUGGUCAACCUGACUGUAUGGACCAUCAUGUACCGUCUCCAUUCAAUAGCUGUUGGGAUAUUUCUGGCAGGACUUAAGAGGUUGACCAAGACCAUUACUGUAAUCAAUAGCACUAUACCACUAUCAUGGCUGAUAUAACAUUUCUUGCAAAACAUUAAUGGACUGUAGCUCAGCAUCCAUGAGCUGACUUCUGUUGCAUUAAUUGCUUAUUUAUAAGUUUAUCCGCCAUAAUUUGUAUAUUUGUUUCCCUGAAAUAUUGUUAAUUUCUUAUUAUAUAAGACUGUUUUGACUGUAUUGAUAUUUAUCUGUUGGUGUUUAGGUACUGGUGAGAGUGGAAAAAGCACCUUCAUUAAGCAGAUGAGGAUCAUUCAUGGUCGUGGAUACUCCGAUGAAGACAAGAGAGGCUUCACCAGGCUGGUCUACCAGAACAUCUUCACUGCCAUGCAGGCCAUGAUACAGGCCAUGAAGACAUUACAGAUCCCCUACAAGCACAAAGACAAUGAGGUAAACCUGAUUUUUUUGCUCUCACACACAGUGGCAUAUUGAGAAACUGUUUUUACCACACACUGGCUAACAGAAGUGAAGCGAGGUUUACCGUCUCAGACAAUGUCAGAGCCUGUGGUGUGUUCAGGGUGCAGCACUUCUGGUAAUUUGUGGCGGUCUCUAGUUUUGCAAUCUUGCUGUCAGAGGGUUGUGUCUAUUUACGGAAAGAACACGUGAUGUUACACUGCAGGCAUGUCAAGACAGGUGCUUCUGAGCCAAGUCCAAGUCACAGACAUAAGAGGGAAUAGAGGGAGACAGAGAAUUCCCCAUUAACCACACAGGAAUGUGCCCCUGUCAGGCCUGUAUUAACAACUUAUUAAUCACACCAGAGUGCUGGUAAACACAAAUACAAGCUACUGCAGUAUUGUUUUUACAAGUUCCAGGUAAGGAUGGGGGAAGUCUGCUUCCCGUACUGAUGGCGAAAGCUGGGGGGUUAUUCAUGUGGCUGUCAUGGACCACUGGCACCAUUAACUAAGCCUGAGUCAGCACGUGUGUUACAUGUUUCUCCUUUUCUAAGUUUAAGUAAAGGUGACAUGCUCACAGUACAACACUUUGUCACCUUGUGUUAACGCUGUAGUACCUGUCUGAAUAUUAGACAGCUGCAUUGCUGGGACUACAGGUGGCUUAAAAAUGACAGUGCUGUUCAAUAUUACAUUACAUUACCAUGUGUUACCAAUCGAUCAAUCAGUCUUUAUUUAUAUAGCACUUUUUAUACACAACCAUAUAGCACAAAGUGCUUUACACAGAAAAAGGAAUAAUGGAAACAAAGAAUACCCAAAUCUACAUCAGCCUAGGAAUAAAAGAAACAAGGGAUACCCAAAUCUACCCCAGCCCAACUCCUCAUUCCCACCCCACAAUCUAAACACUACAGAAACAGUAUUAAAAUGCAUUAACUUAAAAGGGCUUGAUUUCGUGGAAAUGGGAAUGUGUGCACUGAGGAAAAGUCAUUUUAACACUCAAGAUAAGUAAACACUGGAGGUUUAGGUUAAAAUCUAAAAAAAAAGUAACAUCGAAUGAAAUUUAAGAAAUAAUAAAUAAAAUGAAAUAAAAACAAUAGUAAAAGAUACUAAAAUAAGAGCACCAAAACAGCUCAAUUAAAAGACAAUCCUGUCAUUAAAACUAGAAAGGGAUGAAUGCUAAAACACUUUAACAAAGUUAAUGAUAUAAAAUUUAGUUAAAAGCAAGACUAAAAAGGUACGUUUUGAGUUUAGUUUUAAAAUCAUUAAGAUUAGGUGCAGUCCUCAGGUCUUUAGGUAAGCCGUUCCAUAGACAAGGGACAUAGUAAUAAAAAGAUGCCUCAACGUAUGUCUUGGUUUAUUUCAAAGUGUUAUUUCUCCAUUUGUUGAGAACUUGAUUCUGAUUGGGUUAUGGUUUUUUAUGGUCUGUUAUUUCUGUAUAGCAGACAGGACACAAACAGAUCUGAUAGCAAUGCAGUUUGAUCACAGAAUAUGGAGGAAAAUGUUCUUUAAAAUUAAUCUGCAAAAAGAUUCAGUAAUCACAGUGUAUAUUGUGUGAAUAUAAGCUUUUUGGACAUGAGCUAAUUGACACAAGAUGUCUCUUCCAACCAACCAAAGUCCCUUGUUACUCCCCCUUUUUCUCUUCCCUGGAAAAAGGCUAAAACCCUUAAAAUAUAUUUUAAACAAUAACCUGUUAGCUAAGUCUAGGGGUGUGCGAUAUCUUGAGUAUACUCUAAUACAAAUUUCUAUUUGUUCACGUAACUAAAUCGCAACCAUCAAGUAUCCCACAAGCUGUAACAUUAACGCAUUAAGCUCUUUUCUGUUUCAAUUUCAAAUUGACAAAGAUCCUCAUGCGCUUUCGUUACUUCACCUUUUUUGCUGACACGAUGAAGGCUGAUCUCACUCUUCUUUCUGCUCUAGCAGCAGAGCAGAACAGGCAAUCACAGGCUGAAGUGAUAUUGUUACACCAUGAUUAGUUUGAUAAGACGAAGCCUGAUGUUUUUAAGUGUUCCGAUUCUGCUUUUCUAGAGAAUGGAGUCAGAUCGACAUCAUCCAUGUAAUCCCUCAAACCUGCCCUGCAUUAAUAAGCUCUGAACAAGAGGGGGUUGAGGCACUGAUCAUGCUUUAUAUCACACUAUGUAAGAGUGUGGCCCUUCCUACUUUAGGGCCAUAUUAAUAAGAUAUAAUGUUGUCUUUCUUUGCUGUCCCUCACUGAAUGAACACAGACGUAAAGGUUUAAUCAGGUUUUCUGUUUUUCUUGUUUACCCAGUAAUAUUGUUAGAACUAAUUAAGAAUACAUUUUCCACAAAACACAAGGGAAAUUACAAAUCAGCCGUGAUUACGAACACGAUCGUGAAGAUGUGAUGUCUCACUCAAGGAUUCUUGCUGAAUGCACCUUUUUGCUGCUUUGAGCUGUUUUUGUUGAAGUCUUUGAGAACAAGGCCACAGUAGGAAGGCUGACCAUGCUGUUAUGCACAUAAGCGAUUCUGAGUGGUUCAAAAUCUGAACUAUAUUCAGUAUAACUAGACUGUGAUUGAACAUAUUAAUAAGGGGGUCUUUUUUAAUUACCUCUUGGUAUCAUUUUAUGCAUCACAAUGUUGUAAUUAACUUUUAUACUAGGGCCCAUUUAAGGGCCCAUUAAUCAGCAGAUUUAUACAUUUUUUUAAUGAAGUAAGAGAAGUAGCUCGAUCACGUAAUGUGUGCUGUUGUUUAUUCGACCGUUACUGGCACAGCUAACAGUGUAGCAAGGCUAAUAGCAGAUGGCUAACUCUAACUUUAGCUUGCAUAUUACAUGGUCCUUCACCGUUAACUCGGCGUGACCAAGACAAGCACAGCAGGGAACAUCGUGAAGUGGGUUGAACUGAAACUUGUUGACUUAUUGUGUAUUUCACAAACUGGUUUAUUUACCGUUGAGGCGGACCACUCCUCCGUGCGUCCCUGAGCUGCCUGCUGCAGAUCCGUCACUCUGCUGUGCUGCGAGAUAGUUAGUGGGUCAAGAUUGUCAUGAGGUCGCUGCGCCAUCUAAAGGAUAAGUCGGGAACUUUUCAAAUGGCGGAACAUUUUUGAAGUGAAACCGAAUCUUAUUCUCUGCAUUUUAUUUCUGAAAAUAUCUGUGAAAAUCAGUGAGUUUUGUCCGAUUACAGAUUAGUCUCAAAAGGGCUAAAAUUGGCCGAUUUAAUCGGCGCGCCGAUAAAUCGGUUGCGCCCUAAUUUAUACAGCGAUUAGAAAAUGUUGAGAUAUCGUGUAUCACAAUAUAGCAUAAAAACAUUGAAAUUUUAGUCACAUGACACAUUGCCCAGCCCUGGCUCGACAUUAUAACCCAACUUUAAUCUUCCUCUGUCUGAAAUCAUGAGCUGGUUAAUUUUUGGAAAUAACGCAAGAAUGUGAAUCUGCUUCUUACUUCUUGAACUAAACUAAACAUUUACUGCACAAAAUAGCCUGUCAACAACACAAAAUCAUGGUGGUGCUGAGAAAACACAUGAUUAGAUGCUUGAGGAUUCACGCCGACUUGGAAGUUUUGGUAGGAGCUGCUGUGGCUUUUGUUUUUAUUGAUCUCAGGAGGAGAGAGAAUCCAGAGCAGAGACAUUUUAAAACAGUUUAAAUAAAACACAGGCUGGCACAGCAGUUUCCAAGGAUCCCUUUAAAUGAGGCGAGUGGGUGCAUGAGAGUGGUGAGGCAGGAGCCAUGAAAUCGAUUUUAAAAGAUGCACCAAAACGGAAAGGCACUUGAGGGAAUGGCUUCCCCCAGAAAUGUCAAAAGAUGUGGCUAAAAAUAAGACAUUUCUCAGGUUUUUUGGACCACAGAUGGUUCAUGGCAGCAGUUUCAAUCAUCAAAUAACCGAAAGAAGAAGCAGAGGAGGGUUACUCCCUAUCUCUGUAUGUGACUGUGGGUAGAGAUAUGGAAGAUCAGAUAGAAUCGGUUUUAUUGGAGGUGAGGGUGGUACGAUAAACUAGUUAAUGCUCUUCAUAAUUUAUAUUGUACUUUGACUUUGAUCACAGUGAUCAAAGUAUAAUACAUAACAACCUGGAACAGUCGGCAGAUUAAUCAGCAGAUUUUUUAAAUUUUUUAUGAAGUUAUAUAAAUAUAUAUAUAUACUCUAGAUAUCUACAGUAAACUAUAAACUGUUGAUAUACUGUAGGCUACUGCUCUUCACGGCGACAGGAAGACCGACUGAUCAAGCUCGGACUAGAAAAGCGUUUUUAACUACUACCCCCCCCCCCCUUUUUUUUUUUUUCAAAUGGCAGAACAUUUUCGAAGUGAAACCAAAUCGUAUUCUCUGCAUUUAUUUAAAGUUUUGGCUAAUUACCGAUUAGUCUCUAACGGGCUAAAACUGGCCGAUUUAAUUGGCUCGCCGAUAAAUCGGUCGGGCCCUAUAAAAAAGUCUUGCUAAAGCAUGCAUAUCUCUCUCUGUUUGCCUUCUUUUUUUAUGUAAGCUUUAUUGCAAUCAUUGACAAUAGCAUUUUAUGAACAUACAUAUCUUUUAGGGGUUAAAAGGGAAACAAUAGAGAUUUUGAAGAAGACUGAAAUUUUCAAGUUAAAUUGAAGGGUCACCGGUUUUAAGCGUGGAUAUGAUUGGAAAACAUGACAACAUGACUACAUAUGACAGUUUUGAGCAGCCCCCUGUGUAUGAGAGCCCCAGACAUUUUUCUAAAAUUCUCUUAAAAUAUUUCCUGAAAUUUUCCAGAUUGCAUUUCUCACAAGGGCUUUAGUAAACACAGACUGAAACAGGGUUCUACCAAAAGAAAUAAACCAGGCACGCAGCUACAAAACAAAUGUAUUUUCCCUAUUUCAUUAAAUUAUUAGUCAUUAAAGAUUGACCUUUGAUUAUCUCAGCUAAACAGAGCUGUAUUUGACUUUUGAUUGCAAAUGGCUCUGCAUGAUGGAGUCCUGUUUGACCUUGAUCUUCAUGUGGCCCAGCUCGCUGAAGCAGAGUUUGACUUUUGGCAACAUUGGUGUGAUUGAAACGCUGACUUUUAGUGCAACAGAGGGGAAUAGAUUUCAGUUUUCAGCAGCAGCAGCAGGAUGAUUAGUUAAUAGAGGAGGGGGAUGCAUCAAACGAAGCAAAAAAAAAGAGUUUUGAUGAGGCAUUAGUUUUAAUAAGUUGCUGUGUUGUUUUCCUGUUGUUUUCCUUAGGCGAACGCCAGCAUUGUCAGCACAGUUCACGUGGAGAAAGUCACAACAUUAACAAAUCCUUACGCCGAUGCCAUCAAGAGCCUGUGGAGCGACCCUGGGAUUCAGGAAUGUUACAGUCGGAGGAGGGAAUACCAGCUCUCCGACUCGGCCAAAUAGUGAGUGUAAACAGAAACUGGUCUGACAUUGCCAAAUAGUUUCCACUGUUGAAUCUGCCUUUUGUCUUUUUAAUGCACUCUGAGGUCCAGGUUAAGUGAAUGUUCCAUCUAAGGCUAUUGACUGAUGCUUAAAAGCAAAGAACAACAUUUCAAACCUGCUUAAAUAAUUCAACACGGUGAAUUUCCUGUAAGAAAAGACUCCUCUCCUUGAAUAUCCUGUUAUUAAUGUCAGAAUUGACUCUCCUGUGUGGUUCAGUAUCUCUGUAUCUAUCAGGUUUUGUUUUCAUUUUCUGACCUCUGCAUCGUCCUCCUUUUGUAAACAGCUACCUGAACGACUUGGACCGAAUUGCUGAUAAUGCUUAUCUGCCAACCCAGCAGGAUGUCCUGAGGGUCAGAGUACCCACGACGGGUAUCAUAGAGUACCCUUUCGACCUGGAGAAUGUGGUGUUCAGGUGAGUGUUUUAUAGUGUUGUUAUAUUUCAUGUUGAAGUGGUUUUAUUGCAGCUGUGGCCAUAAAUAUUGCUGAAGUACAGGGAGUCAGGCUGGCGGAUAUAGAUUAAAUCUGAUACCAGUGAUAUCAGCAUGUGAACUUGAGUAAUCUGCUCAAAGUGGACUCCUGCUGAUAUGAGAUUUUUAAGGGUGACACCCUCUAACAUUGAUAUCAGGGGAUUUUUGAGGCUGAUAUGAAUUUUAGAGUGGGAAAUCUACCUUACAAUGAUAUCAAAACAAGUUUAGUAUGACUAUGUGAAGUUACUCAGUUACAUACUCGGCUGCUCUAAAGGACCCAAAGCUUUUUUUUUGUUAAUGCAUAUCAGAAAAUCAGUGUUUUAUUGUCUACUAUAAGAGGCGUGUGUUGGUCUGUCAAUGCAGAUUAGGCAAUAUCCGCCAGUCUUUGGGUCAAAGUACUACUUCACAAAUCUUCUGGAGGUUUUUCUGUUAAGUAUUAUCCUCAGACAAGUCCUCACAUAAAUGUUGAGGGAAUUGAGACACAAGUUAAAAACAAUUGUAUCUUAUGAGUCAUUCUUGUUUAAGCAUAGUUGUCUCGCUAAGAGUUACACACUCAGGGGUCCACAGCUGUUUUUUGCCCUUUUAUAGAAGCUGUUUUCUUUCUGUAAUAUAUCUUUGGAGCUUUGAUUUAAACUGAUAGAGAGGUCAGUGAAGUGUGCAAACAGAAAAGAUCAGUUUUUAAAUGAGAAAAUAAUGACAGCGUCUCAGUACAUUUCAUCAAUGAACUCUUCAUACUUCAUUUAUUUUACGGAGCUUCUUAUUCAUCUUCUCUUUAGUGCUAGUCGACAGCUUUCCGUUUGUCAUGGAAAUGUGGAAAAAUCAUUAAAGCUUUUAAACUCCAAAUGUAGUCAUAAGGUAAUGACUGUAAUACUGUACUUAUAAAACUGGACAAAAAAGUGAUUUGAGUUGUGGGUAGGGAUGGGGGAGAUGGGCUGAAAAAUUUAUCAGAAGUUUUGCCAUUCUGGCGAUAAUGAUAAAAGUCACAACAAAAAAAUACUUUAGUAUUUAAUAUAAAUAUUGUUCUUGGAUGGCACUUAGCAGUAGGCAUAGUCAAAUAAGAGACUUAACCACUAGUUGAAGUGAUAGGUUAUGGAGAAAACUUGUGACAUCAAAUAAGUCUGAAAUGUAAAAACACUUUCAACAUUUAUUCAAAACUCUUAUUGCACAGAGUGAACAGCAGCUGCAGAUCCACUGUCCGAUGUCAGGCAUACGUGACUGCACUCAUCUAAGCCCCAAUCUUGAAGGAAAAUUUAUUUAAGUAAAGGUCCUUACACAACGGACCGACGCAAAUCUAUGAUGCGAAAUUACGAAUUAUUCAGAGGUGGGUUUUGACGCGCCUGACUAUACACAUCAAGCCCGAUGUGAUUUUGUGACUUUCUGGGGGGAAAAAAGACACGUCCCAGGUGGAAGCGAGAAGACUGACACAACAGCAGACUGACUGUUUUUCAGUUCUGAUUAGACACUAGUGUUGAGAUGUCUGUCUGUCAUGAUAGCAUGUACUGAGUCAGGGCUAGUACCAGAUAAGCACAUUAAACUAUAAUCCAUAAACGUAAGGUAACAACCAAGACCUAAUGGUGCUGUGACAGCAACGCGAUUGAGUUUGAGACAGUGAAAAUACAUAUGGUAUGUUGAAUCUGAACAGGUUAGCUUACGAGCUAAAGUUACUUAGCACAGAUGAAAGUUAAAACAAAGAUGUUUAGCAAACUGUUAAAGCACAAAAACCAUCGUCAUAUGAGAGAUCUGACGUUAUGACUCUCCACAAGUUGUCCUUCAGGUCGUUAUCUUUGUAAUGUUUGUGUUUUUUAUCAAAAAGCACUCUGUUCUCAGACACGUAAACAAUCAGCCAGUCGGCCAUGUUGGAUAUUCCGGUGAAUCUGACGUCGCAGCAACUUGAAAUCUGAUUGGUCAGAAGUGGACACACAGUAUGCGAAACUUUAGAAAAAUCGACUGUGAUACGAAAAAAUAAAUGCUGGAAUAUUGCAGGACAGGAAAAAGUCGCUGAUGUAAACACUUGUAUUGACAGGAUACGGGUUCAAAAAAAAAUAAUGACGUCCGAAAUAAUCGCAAGAAGAAACCGCUCCCGGUGUGAAUGGACCUUAAUCGUGAACGAUUAUUUAUCGCCCAUCCCUAGAUAUUGGGAGCUGUUCAAUGUUUGGUCUGGGCUCUCAUAGGGUCCUAUUGUUUCCUUUAAUCAUAGAUUAAAUUGUUGUCAGGGAAUUUUUUCCUUGUUGGUCCUUAUGUUUUGUUCUGCUUCUGCUUGUGUGUCAAAGCACUUUGUAAACAUCACAUAAAUAAAGUAAUUACAGCAUACUUAUCAAGAGAAAACUGUAAUAUGUUUGUGCCCCUGUGGACAAGUCAUCUACGUCCUUAAGUGGUGUCAAAAUCUCAUCCCACUGACCCUCAACAGUCAAUGUAUCAUAUAUUGUGACUAUUUCAUGUUUAUAACAUGAAAACAUGUCUGUUUCUUCAGCUGCUUGGCUGACACCUACACCUCCACAGCGGUUUCAGGCAUUAAAAUUUACAAGAGGAUUAUAGUGAAUUCUGUAGGUGAUGGUCUUGUUUGCUUUUGUGUAUCAUGAACAGGCAUCAAAUGAAUUUUGGUCUAUUUAAUUGAUGUCAAAAAUCUCUCACAGGAGCUUUAAUUUGUGUACCAAAAUAUUGUUUUUUGUUAUGUUGUGGGUUCUUUGCCUGGUUUGUUGUUUGUUUGGCUUUUUGGUAAUGACUUGAAAUCGUGUCUGUAGGAUGGUGGACGUGGGUGGCCAGCGUUCAGAGAGGAGGAAGUGGAUUCACUGUUUUGAAAAUGUCACAUCCAUCAUGUUCCUGGUGGCUCUCAGCGAGUACGAUCAGGUUCUGGUCGAGUCUGUGAAUGAGGUGAGUUACAGGCUGCUACCUGCAAAGUAAAGCAAGAACUGACAGCAGCCCGUUUCCUCUUGUUUAAAAUAAUUACACAGGAAGAAAAGGGACACUCUUGGGAAAAGCAAAACAAAUGCUGGGAGGUUUCACAGAAGCAUGGUCUUUGUCAUAUAAGGUUAAGGUCUGCUGGUGGAGUUUAUGACCUACAUUUCUACAGAGCCCUGCACGUCUGGCGUCUUUCUCAGUUUCUCUAUCUCUCUUCCUGAUCACAAUAACAAACCUUAUCUGGACCUUUUGCUGCAGUUUGCACGGUUCAUCUGCAGGGGGAGCUCUUAAGUCACUCUCCUCAGCAGCAGAGUGCACCUCUCAGCAAGGAUUGUUCACUUGAUGAGAUUACAGCCAAUUGAAUUUUCUGAAACAGUCAGUGCUGCUGUCUAGCGCUAAGACGAUGUCUGAUUUCAUAAUCCCGCUCAUGCUGAGAUGUUUGUGUGUUUAAAGAACCGCAUGGAAGAAAGCAUGGCCUUGUUCCAGACCAUCAUAAACUACGAGUGGUUCAAAGAAUCCUCAGUGAUCUUGUUCCUAAACAAGAUCGACUUACUGGAGGAGAAAAUCAUGUACUCUCAUUUGGUCGACUACUUCCCUGAAUAUGAUGGUAAGAAGAAAUAAAUCCUUUAUGAGCACUAGGCUGUUGAUGAUUGAAGUCAAAAUUAGCAUUUCUAUAGCUAUGGUUUGUUUAUUUAGAUUUGUUGUGUCUUAAAACUUUCAUAUAACAUCUUUUAAAAAUAACAAUGACAGAUUUUUACUGUUACAGAUGAAAAGUUGGAUGUCUAAGGACUAUAUAUCACACCCUUCUGACUCAGUAAACUCUGUGGUUUUGCUGCAUGGUCCAGUGCAACCAGUAUAGACACUACCACAAGCUAUUGUAAGCCAACUUGUGAUAUUACUGCAGGGUGUUCUCUGCUACUUUAGACUCAUUAAAAUGCACUCAGUCAAAUUUUCAAUGAUGAUAUCUCUUUAAUUUGCAGAAUCUGGAAAUUAGUGUGAGAACAGUUAAUGUUUUAAGUUGGUGUAAAACCAGCAUAUGUAAGGAAAGACUCAAAUAGUCUGUCAAAGCUAUACCACAGUGACUUAAACAGCUGUUAGCUCAGUUUUUCUGACCGGUAUGUUGCCAUGUUAAAACCACAAAUUCAAGCUGAUUUAAUUGAAAUUGAUUAAGUUUAUCUCCAGUGCUUUGCAAUUGUACUUUUUCUAAUUUGGAUCUGAAAGCCUGUUUUGUCAUUCCCAAUUCAAGUCCCCCUUAAAUUUUACCAACAUUGAGCUAAUGGUUGUUCCAGCAUCCACACAGAGAAGCAGGAGGAGUGACCCAUUAUUAGGGUUGGGUAUCGAGUCCCGAGCAUCGAUGGGGACCGGGAGUGACAUUUCGAUUCUCCUGGAAUCGUUCAAAUUUUAAAAUUCCGAUUUCAAAUUUCGAUGCCGGAGUCCAUCGACCGGAAGAAAUAGCCGCCAAACACCAAUGAGGACGAAGCGUAUGAGACGAAGCCACACAGAGAGAGACAGAGAGAGAGAGUGCAUUGCAACCCACAGCGGCUGCGGUCAAAAGAAUGAACUCUUCUCUCAGUGCAACAUUAGCAACAAAGUUAUAUCAUGCAAAGGGGGGUGAACGACCAACAUGAUUAAACACCUCAGGAUUCAUGGAGGAGAAAUACCUGAGUGCCCUGUCUUUGACGUGCUUCGCCACUGUUGUGCCGUAGAAUGCCCCCCUGACAGGAGCGCAGUUGAAAGUAUUUAACAAGGUGAAAUAAUUCAAGUUUUCCUUACCACUGGAUGGAUUCUAAAGUGUGUGCCUUUAAUCAUUUCAUUCAGGCUAUUCAGAUAAGCUGAAAACAAUAGCCCUCAGAUUCGGAAUAUUUGCUGUCCCGAAAAUAUAAUGUUCUCUACCUUGACAGUUCACUGUACAAUUUAUAUACCCAAGUACACCUCUAUGUGUGCAUUUUUGAAACACAUAAAAACAAAACGAAAGUUUGCUACUCCAUUUGACAUGUUGUCAUGAUUCAAUACUCGUGUUUUUUUUUUUAAAUAUGAGAUCAUUGUCUUCCACUUUAAGAAGCUAAUGAGUGGAGGGGAUGCAUUCUACCUGACAACAAAAAUUGAUAUUUAUAUACUGUCUGAAAAUAGCCCAUGUGGGAAAUUCAUAGUAAAGUUCUUAAAAAGUUAAUAUAAUUUAAAAAUCCAUGGAGAAGUUCAGAAAUUUCAUCCAAAAAGAGAUACUCCGGUUAGCACCCUCAUUUAAACCACUCUUUUUUUUCUCAUAUCCUGCCUUUUAAAAGAAUCAAAACAGAGAAUUGAUAGGAAUCGAAAUCGAAACUCGGAAUCGGAAUCGAAACCGGAAUCGUUCAAAAUCAAACGAUACCCAACCCUACCUGUAACUUCAUAAACUUUACUAAUGAAAACAACUGACUUACAUUUCAUGAGUAAUUUCAGUGUCACGUCUUGAAAUCUUUCUUGUUUCAUUGAUGGUUUAACAGGGUAAAAACGACAGUCAGCAUUGUAGCAUACAUGUGCACAUUUUACAGUCUCACACACACAUAUGCAGACAGUACAUGCACAGUGAUAAUUUCUCUAUGUGAUAAAGUAAAAAGGCUGCAUUACAGUGACAUUAGAGAGGCCUUCAUUCUAGAUUUAUUAUAGGAAACAAAGUUUAAGUUUUCAAAUGAUAGUCUGUAUUGUUUCCUCUUUUAUGACUCUCACGUAAUGUUAUUUGCAGGUAAUUUAUACCGCCUUAUGUAUUUUAAAGCUUUUAUGAAAACACCACACUGACUUUUAUGUGCUGUUUUCUCCCUCUGUCUCUUUCUACCAGGCCCCCAGCGGGAUGUGAAAGCAGGGAAAGAUUUCAUCUUAGAUAUGUUUGUGAGUCUCAAUCCCAACGAGAAAAAAAUCAUCUACUCCCACUUCACCUGCGCCACAGACACAGACAACAUUCAAAUUGUUUUUCGUGCUGUGAAGGACCACAUCUUGCAAGGCAACUUAGAAGUCUUCAACCUGGUUUAAGGCGGCAUUUGUUGCUGUUGUAAUUCAAUCGUGUGUGUACAGCUGGCAGCCAGGAGAGCCCUGCAGUGAUUCAGUCUGCCUCACACUGCUGCUGAACACUGAAAUCCUAAACAGGAAAUUGAGAGGCUACAGAGCUUGUCGCCAAAUGACUUUGCCACUGGUGUAUUUCAAAUUUUCCUGUUAGGUUCUCUGGAAAUGGAUGUCCCCAGCUAUAAUGAAGUGUGUCCUGACAAUUAAAGUGCUGCCUUAGUGAGGAGUCUAUUAUAGCGAGCGCUCUGAAAUUUAUGGAGCUCUUUGUGAACGUUUCAGAGCACUAACAGUAUAAAUGCACAUGGAUGGAUUGAGAAGGGAAAAAGUAUUUCAUCGGCCUCAAAGUCCUUUCUGGACUUGUAAAUGUACCAGGUCUCCUCUACAGGGAAACAGUGGAAGUGAACGUAGACUAACUGCAAUGCAGCAGCUUACAUCACUGACACAGGUAGUUUAUUUUUAAUGUAAAAACACUUUUAAAUACUCUAAACUAGCUUGUGUCCUGACUCAAAGGGAAAUAAGUCGGAAUAAACACUAACAACACUGAAAAUGAUUUGCACACUAUUCGGUUCCUUAGAUUCAUAAUUUACUUGUUUUUUUGUGUGUACUUCACUUACUCCGGUUUUAUAUUUCCAUAACCUCAUUUUAAGUCCCCCCAGACUUAGUAUACCCGUCUGAUGGCAGUCUUCAACCACUUUAUGAGCACAACAUUCAUGAAUUGUUAUGUAAUUUAGCACACAUUUCAAAGGGAAUCCGAGUGAUUCUGUCUCUUAAGCAUUCUUUUUGUUUUGUUAGAGCCAUAGAAUCAAGUGUUUUACAGUUCAGGGACUAUUUUUUGGUACUUAAAGCAUUUUUCUCCCCCUAAAACCACUUUUUAAAAUAGCUCUUGAUCAUUCAUGAUUAAUUAAUUUAGUGCAUGUUGUAAAUAUCACAUGGCAAAGUUAUUUUCUCCCACACUUGUAUCAUGAUUCAGUGUUGAAAGGCUAACUUGCUAUGUUAAAUAAUCUCUGAGGUACUGAAUUAAUGCAUUCUUGUUCUUCACUCAUAUGCUGUUAAAGGGAAUAAAAAGCUAAUGAGAUCGCAUCCACAGCACUAAUGUUUACACAACCCUUUCCUCCUAAUUACAGCCUGUUCUGAACUGUUUAAUUUAUACACUGUCACUGUGAUAUCUUUAUGCAGUCUUUCAUUUGAUUGGAUAAAUAAAAAGAUAUUUUGCUGUUCA